AUGGGUGACCUCUCCGAGCAGGCCCCUCCGUCAGCUCCUGCGGCCAGCGCUGUUGCGGAGCAACCCCGCGCGUUCGGGGCCGGGCCGGGCGGCAGGAGCGGGGCGGGCCCGGGGCUGCCGUCCCGGGGCUCUGGGAGCGGCUGCCGGGAAGGAGCCGGAGCGGGGCUGCUCUGCGAGGGAAGGCAAGCGGCUACAGCGCAUCCCGCGGCACCAGAAGCAGGGCAGGGACACCACGGGCUGCCAGGGACUCUCUCGGAGCGUGAGAUUUGGAUGGAGUCUCAGUAUCUGAAACAAUGCCUGGGAAGUUGCUUGAAGAAGGGACUGGCAGAGGUUGUAGAACAUCGGCCAGCAGAUCCAAUAGAGUAUCUUGCACACUGGAUUUACAAAUACAGAAGAAACUUAGAUGAAGAAAAAAAGAGAAUACUGGAGAGAGCUGAGCUGGAACAAGAACGGGUGGCAGCCCAAGCAGAACUUGAAAGGUUAAAAAUCCAGGAAGAGCAGCAGAAACUUGAAGAGCAACAGCAGGCUCAGUUGGAGAAAGAACGUGCAGAGUUGGAAGCACAGAAAAAGGAAGCUGAAAUGCAGUUGCAGCAGACAGUAGCUGAAGUUACAGAUGGAUCUGAGGAGCCAGAUGAGAGUGAACCUGGUCAAAAAGACCUCCCAACCGUAAUAGAAGAAGAAGAGGAAGAAGAAGAAGAAGAAGAAGAAGAGGAAGAAGAAGAAGAAGAAAAAGAAAAUUAGAACUGACCUGAGAGCAGUAAAUAUAUUUUCUACUCAUUACUUGGUAUCCUGAAGUGUAGUAUUUUGAUUCAUGUAUUUUAUAAAUAUAACUGAUUUACAUAACUGUUUCUCUGGUGUCUGUUUUCAAGGUGUUUGUGUAAAGUCUGUUAUUUUUGAUACCUGUUCUUCCUUUUUGUUCUUAAAGCAUUGUAGCUAGCACGGCUGACUUGCAGGAAGAAAAUUGCAGCUGAAGUGACAGCAGCAAAUAUAUUUUCUACUUAUUGCAUAUUGAAGUAACAUAAUAAAUAAAAAUAUAACUAAAGUGUCGAUAUGAUUUGAGAAUACAUGCUACAAUAUGAUCAUUUGAAUCAAUAUUAAAAGAAUAAAAUAUUACUGAAAAUUA